AGAGAUCGGAGACGAGGGAGAGGACCGCAAGGGAGGGGAAGAGUCACGCCGCCCAGCGCCGGCCUGCACGCCGCCAACGUCGCCGGUGUUGUCGCAAUGAGAAAGAGAGCCCGCCGGACCGUCGCGGAGCUGUCCCUGCUGCCGUGCCCAGCUGCAGUUGGGAGCCCUGCCGUUGCUCAUGGGGUUACGCCAGUUAGCUUCUGCCGCCGGAAAAUGCCCCUGCUGCGUCGUCGGAGAAUUCUGCCGCUACUAUUAUCAGAAAUUCGGGCCGCCGCCGUCACUCGAGAAUUAUUGGCGGAGCUGCUGCCGGGCUGCCGCCGAUCCGGUUCGGAGAUCGUCGCUGUUUCGGUUCAGCCUUUCUCCCUCGGUCUUGGGUUUAUAUCGAUGCUUGCGUGUCGUGCUCGGAGUUUGCGACUGCUUCGUUUCGCUAGCUCAUGUUGCUAUGGUUACCGCGGGAGUAGCUUGGAGCCGAGGUUGCGGUUGUUGGUGAUCCCGGUUUAAGAGAGGAGAUUCCUGUGACGCGUUUGGGUUAUGGAUUUGCGUUUUGAGGUAGGGGCGCUUUCCAAAAACUAUAGUUUAUUAUUGGAAU